AUGCCACUACCAGGAGGGUUCCAGGGGGUGUUUCGGUAUUUCCACUCGGGACUGGAUCGUGUUCAACCACUCGAAUGGGAAGGUGGUGAUGGUUUGGUAGACGAAUGCAGUGCGGUGUAUGGUGAUGAGUGUGGAUUGUGGAUGUAUGUAUUGGUGAUUGGUGUUUGCAGGUGUUUCUCUGUAUCUCCGUCCCAGUAGUCCCGAGGCAGGCCACAUCACGAUGUUGAUUGUCCUGAUUGUCCAGAUGGCUCUUGGCAUCUCCAGCCACACCCUGCUCCGCCAUUUCAGCCACGCUUCGGGGAACAGUGGCGCUGGGAAACCCGGCGGAAGAGGAUGA